CAGUGAUUUAUUGGAGAACAGGAAACUGGAGAUAACGAGAGCCGAGGCUCCAGCACGGAAAGGGAGAGAAGUAGUUCUGACAGAAGAGGACGACCAAACCGGGGUUGAACCCUGUUACAUUAACGGGCGCUGGAUGACUUCGGCUUCGGGCAUCCCGGAAACAAAGGAAUCCGGGACAUCUGUAUUUCCGAACUGAGGAUAAAUUGGGAUUUUUAUCGACUAAGGAGUUUCAAGUAUCCCCUCUGCUUCUCACUGCUCCUCGGAUCCCUUGGAAAAGGAGUCUGCUUUUCUUCUGGGCUGGUGACGCGGCUGAAAGGAGAGACCCUCGACAACAGAGAAGCAGCGAAGAGGAAAUACUGUACCAAUUCGAUGUUUUCUGUCCGGCGUCCUCCUAGCUGUUUGCGAUGGCUCCCUGGUUAAUAGAAGCUGGAUUAUAACGCGUUGCGGGCCCGAUCGCUGGUUGCAGCUAAAGAAGAUACAAAUUGCAGGAUUGCCUUAGUUUACAUCUGUUUUCCAGAAGCGUUUGAUAUUAUUAUCCCACUAACACUGUGGGUAUUUGUAGGAGGUUAUUAUGAUUGGCUGUGAUCGUUAUAUUUUACCUUAAUAAGGUAACUUAGUUGUUUUUUAGCGCUCGUAGUUCUUAAAAUACAUCAUUAAUUCAGGAAGUCACGGGAAUCCAAGUCUCUUUCGCUCUUUCGGGCCUUUGGGAUUUUCUUUUUUGCCAUCUGGGUAGCUGUUUAAUAUUUUAUUUUACGUCUUUGAUGGAUUUAUUACUGUUGGAUGGCUUGGAGGAUACCUGAUAGCACUUUAAAUAUUGUUUUUCGUUUUUUAAAAAGCUGCUAAUAACAAUAAUCAUAAAGGAUUGUAUUAACAAGCUCAUACAAGAGGGGAAAGUGGAAUUGACAGAAGAUAUUUCCUCCUCUCUGGCAAGAUGAUGUGCGAGGUGAUGCCCACUAUCAGCGAGGCUGAGAUCCCGGCCGGCGGUGGGGGGGGUCGAGGCUCCGGGUCCCCCCUGCAGUCGGACUCGGAUGGGCACUUCGAGCAGCUGAUGGUGUCCAUGCUGGAGGAGCGGGACAGGCUGUUGGACACGCUGCGAGAGACCCAGGAGAACCUGGGCCUGACGCAGAGCAAGCUGCACGAGGUCACCCACGAGCGGGACUCGCUACAAAGACAGCUCAACACGGCCCUGCCUCAGGAGUUUGCAGCACUUACUAAAGAACUUAAUGUAUGCAGAGAACAACUACUUGAACGAGAAGAAGAAAUUUCUGAAUUGAAAGCUGAAAGAAACAACACACGGCUGCUUUUAGAACACUUGGAGUGCCUUGUCUCCAGGCACGAGCGCUCUCUCAGAAUGACGGUAGUGAAAAGACAAGCACAGUCUCCAGCAGGGGUAUCCAGUGAAGUGGAAGUCCUCAAAGCACUAAAGUCUUUAUUUGAACACCACAAAGCUUUAGAUGAAAAGGUAAGGGAAAGAUUGCGUGUUGCAUUAGAGAGAUGUAGUGCAUUGGAAGAACAGCUGGCGUCUUCACACAAAGAACUGAUGAUUUUAAGGGAGCAGAACAGCCAGAAGAAAGUAUUUGUCGAUGGAACAGUAGAGUUAAACCAUGAUGCUGAAAAUACACCAAGCACAAAUGGAAAGAGAUCAUCAGAUGAAUCUCUGAACCAUGAGGAAGAUCUUGCUAAAGUCCUAGAGCUUCAAGAAAUAAUAGACAGGCAGAGCAAAGAACUCAGUCAAAUGAAGGAGAGACUAGCAUCUCUCUCAAGCAAAGUGGUGGAACUGGAAGAAGAUCUGGAUACAGCUCGCAAGGAUCUCAUCAAAUCUGAAGAAAUGAACACUAAGUUUCAGAGAGAUAUCAGAGAGUCCAUGGCCCAGAAGGAAGAUAUGGAAGAGAGAAUCACAACGCUUGAAAAACGCUACCUCGCUGCACAACGUGAAGCCACAUCUGUACAUGAUCUCAAUGACAAACUUGAAAAUGAAAUUGCUAACAAAGAGGCGAUGUUCAGACAGAGUGAAGAGAAGAGCCGGCAGUUACAGGAGAGGUUAGAAUUGGCUGAACAAAAACUCCAGCAAACGAUGAGGAAAGCAGAGACUUUACCAGAGGUAGAAGCCGAACUAGCCCAGAGAGUGGCAGCACUUACCAAGGCGGAAGAGAGACAUGGGAAUAUAGAGGAGCGACUACGGCAGAUGGAGGCGCAACUGGAGGAGAAGAACCAGGAGCUGCAGAGGGCACGCCAGAGAGAAAAGAUGAAUGAAGAGCACAAUAAACGGUUAUCAGAGACUGUGGAUAAACUGCUUUCUGAAUCAAAUGAGAGAUUACAGCUCCAUCUAAAGGAGAGAAUGUCUGCUUUGGAAGACAAGAAUGCACUCCUUCGUGAUCUGGAGCACACUAAAAAACUCAUUGAAGAAGCACAUCAUGAGAAGGAGCAACUUCUUAUUGAAAUAGAAACUAUGAGGGCUGAAAAUGAGCAAUCAAGAGCAAGAGGCACUUCAUCGCUGCAUCAUGGCCGGCCCCACCUUGGCAGCACACCUGACUUCAGGUAUCCUGUAUCGGCUUCCUCUAUGAUGGACAGUCACGCGGAUCACUACAGCACAGCCAUGGUGCUGAGACGCCCCCAGAAGGGACGCCUGACAGCUCUCCGAGACGAGCCCUCGAAGAAGCAAGUACAGACCCUAAAUGAGCAGGAGUGGGAAAGAGUGCAGCAGGCCAACGUCCUGGCGAACGUGGCACAGGCGUUCGAGAGCGAUGCGGACAUGUCCGACGUGGAGGACGACAGGGAGACCAUCUUCAGCUCCGUCGAUCUCCUCUCCCCCAGUGGCCAAGCCGAUGCACAGACGCUGGCUCUGAUGCUGCAAGAGCAAUUGGAUGCCAUCAACAAUGAAAUCAGGAUGAUUCAGGAGGAGAAGGAGACGACGGCCCAGCGGGCCGAGGAGAUCGAGAGCCGGGUGGGCAGUGGGAGUUUAGACAAUCUCGGCGGCAGGUUCAGGUCCAUGGGCUCCAUCCUCCCGCCCUACACUGGCUCGUCUCUGGGAGGCUCCUCUCCCCCCGGCAGUGGGCACUCCACCCCUCGGCGAGUCCCACGCAGCCCGGCCCGGGAGGUGGACCGGCUCGGCGUCAUGACCCUGCCCACAUCCCAUGAUACAUAUGUAAUCCAGACCUCACUGCCCCAUCAGAAUGUAGUUUAUUCUUCGAGCCCCUGUCCUAGUUCAGUCCUACCAUAUUGUGAUUCUCCACACAGCUGUCAGCCUAGUGAUUUACGGAAACUCCGUAGGAAGUCUGCAGGAUCACAAGACGACAAGGCUACAAUCAAGUGUGAGACAUCCCCUCCUUCAACCCCGAGGUCUAUGCGAUUAAAUAAGGGUGCCAUUCAUGCAGCCAGUCAUGAAGACAUCAGGGAUAUUCGGAGUUCAACAGGUUCCCAAGAUGGCCAGGGUAGUAACCCCAGCAGCAGCAACAGCAGCCAAGACUCCCUGAACAAAGCUCCCAAGAAAAAGAGCAUCAAAUCCUCCAUUGGCCGAUUGUUUGGCAAGAAAGAAAAGGGUCGUCCUGGCCCACCUGGUAAAGAGUCAACAGGACAAGCAGGCACUCCGGAAGCUGAGAAUUCUCCACAAGAUGCCUUAGGACUUAAACUUGGAGGACAGGUGGAAAAAAAUAGGAAGCUACAGAAAAAUGCAAAAUCAGGGCACGAACUGCUGGAGGAGGCUCGCAGGCAGGGCUUACCCUUUGCACAGUGGGAUGGCCCAACUGUUGUUGUAUGGUUGGAGCUCUGGGUGGGGAUGCCAGCCUGGUACGUGGCAGCUUGCAGAGCCAACGUAAAAAGUGGUGCUAUAAUGUCGGCACUGUCCGACACCGAGAUCCAGCGGGAGAUAGGGAUCAGCAACCCUCUGCACAGAUUAAAGCUGCGGCUUGCUAUUCAGGAGAUCAUGUCUUUGACGAGCCCUUCUGCACCCCCGACGUCCAGAACGUCCACGGGGAAUGUGUGGGUUACACACGAAGAAAUGGAAAAUCUUGCAGCCACACCUCAGACGGAGGAUGAGGAGGGCAGCUGGGCCCAGACACUAGCGUAUGGGGAUAUGAAUCACGAAUGGAUUGGCAAUGAAUGGCUUCCCAGCCUGGGACUGCCUCAGUAUCGGAGCUACUUCAUGGAGUGCCUUGUUGACGCUAGAAUGCUUGACCACUUAACAAAGAAGGAUCUGCGUGGCCAGCUAAAAAUGGUAGAUAGUUUUCACAGAAAUAGUUUCCAGUGCGGGGUAAUGUGCCUACGAAGGCAAAAUUAUGAUAGGAAAGAACUUGAAAGACGAAGAGAAGAAUCCCAAGUGGAACUUAAAGAUGUGCUGGUAUGGAGCAAUGACCGAGUGGUCAACUGGGUUCAGUCCAUCGGUCUCAAGGAAUAUGCAAAUAACCUGUUGGAGAGUGGAGUCCAUGGUGCACUACUUGCCUUAGAUGAAACUUUUGAUCACAAUGCUUUAGCGCUGUUGUUACAGAUACCCACCCAGAACACACAGGCAAGAACAAUUCUAGAGAGAGAAUAUAAUAACCUUCUUGCCCUGGGUACAGAAAGAAGACUGGAUGAGGAUGAUGACAAGAAUUUUAGGAGGGCUCCAUCCUGGAGGAAAAAGUUUCGUCCAAAAGACGUUAGGGGGAUGAACCCUGGGUCGGCAGAGACUCUUCCUGCAAACUUCAGGGUGACAAACACAAUGUCCUCACCAUCUAUGCAGCCAAAGAAAAUGCAAAUGGAUGGCAGUAUAUCAGGAGCUCAAAGAUUGGAUUCUGCCACAGUAAGGACCUACUCGUGUUAACACCCUCUCUUGUUUAUCCCCACUAUUUCUAUCGAUGAUUAAACAGCAUUAAAUCAAUUGAAGACUACAUUUCUGAAAUCAAGAUGAGAUCUGUGACAUCGUUACUUCUUACAAGAACACUAUAAAUAUUUUAUUACAGAGUUUAGAGAAUUCACAAAUUUCCUGAAUACCAUAGAGAAAAUAUUUUAGAAUUAAAGUUUCUUAUAUUUAUGUAAACUGAUUGGAUAUUUCAUUUACUUAGACCUAAUACUGUAUCAUUGUCUGUAUUCAUUUUGCUUUUUUCCUUCAAAUUCUGUUGUGCCCUUAUCAAAUGUAAAAUCCUUUCAGAUGUAACUGAAUGUAUCAUGAGUCUGAAGGUUGUAUAUUUAUCUACAGACAUUAUCUAAUCUUUAUUUUUUAUAUAUAUAUACCUGUUUGUGCAUUGACCACAGACUUUUUUUGUUUUUGAUUUUAAAUGUGGGGUUUAAGCUAAAGUGACUUUAACACGAGUGCAUUUCUAAAAGUCCUUUUUUUCACAUUUUCUUAAUGGUUGAUUUAAACUUUUAAAUGCAACUUUUAGGUCAAUUUCAAUUUCUGAAUUUCAAAAACUGGUGAAAACUCUUCAGCAUUUUAGAUCGCUCUUUGGUAUGUCAGGAGGACUGAAGAUUAGGGUCUGGAAAAUGUGAAAAAUAAUUGAGGUUUGACCACCACCCCAAAACACACACACACACACACACAAUAUUUGUAUAUUUGUGCAUCUCUGUAAAUCAUUUACUGUGAUACCAAAAUGUACUUUGGAAAAGCCAUAGAACUAUGAAGAAGAGAGUCACUUAUAGAUGUGUUGUUUGGCUAUAAGGUCCUUUCAAGUAGAAAUACUCUACCAGCCACGGAUGCUGAAACUUUCCAUUCCUCUCUCUUCUUCAUUAAAAGCUUAAAAGAAGCUGAUGCAACACGUUUCAUUCAUCAUGGACCAAUGCCUGAUCACUGUGGUCUCAUUUCAAGUGGGAAGUCAGUAGAAGGUGGCACAAUUUUCAUAACCUUCUAAUGCAUUGUACGAUGACUUUAAGCCUUAUUUUUGUUUUUACUUUUUUUGUCACUUUGUAUAACGGUUGUCAUUUCCUUGGAUCGUAUCCAUGGCUGAAGUGUUUCUGAAUGUGUAUUCACUUGUCAUUGAACACCAGGUUUCUCAGUAUUUAUAUACUCAUAAUGUUGGGAAAUCGACAGACUCAUUAAAAUGUUUUUAAUGUACUGAUUUAUUUUACCUUGUCUGUUUGAUAAGACGUACGUAAAACACAAAUCAUGUUACCCUCAUGUUCUUCGUUUUGUUUUCUCAUUUCAAAUUUCGUGACCUUGUAACAAAUAUGUACAGUCUGACUACUUUUGAACUAUUUUUAUCACAGUAUUAUUUAUUGCUUACUUUCAAUAAAAUACUGAAACUUA